UUCCACACCGCACUCGAGUGCUGAGCGCGUUGGUAGUCCCCUUGCAGAGGUCAGUCUUUGUUCAAUCAAUCCGCCGUCAUGUUGUGGGCUCUGAUCACAAGUCUGUUGGCAAUAAUGGCUGCAUGCAGCGAGGUCAGCUACAGGAGGGCCUCACCGGGGCCAUGGGUGACCCCAACCAAAGGUGAGCCAUGGCCCAAACCACAACAUCUCAUCAACUACGAGGGAUACGUCGUGGUCCGACCGACAGUAUUCAGAUUCGAGGUAACACGUGAGGACUGCGAUCUUCUCCAGGAGGCUGUGAAACGUUACUAUCGUGUAAUCCUGCAGACUCUGGACAGCGACGUACGGAAGAGGAAAUCGCGCCGCGUUGCAGACAAGAGGUGGAAGAAGGAUCCGAAAUUCAAAGCUUAUCUCGAUUCCCUAGAGAUACAACUAAUGGCGCCCUGUGAAGUCCUGCCCUACUUGAAUAUGGACGAGCACUACGAACUGAGGAUAGACAGCCCAGAUUUGCCGGGCGCAGCCCUCCUGACAAGUCAGUCGGUGUGGGGCGUUCUACGUGGCAUAGAGACGUUUUCUCAGCUUCUAUCGCUUGAUGAAACAGGAACUGCGCUGAAAGUGAACAGUUCCUCCAUCAUGGACUUCCCACGUUACUCACACCGCGGCCUACUUCUGGAUACGUCACGCCACUUCUUUCCACUGCUUUCCAUAUUGCAAACGCUCGACGCCAUGGAAGUAAACAAAAUGAAUGUCUUUCACUGGCACAUUGUGGAUGAUAACAGCUUCCCAUAUGAGAGCGCAGCCUUCCCACAGCUGAGUGAGAAAGGAGCAUACAAUCCUCAAACACACGUGUACCCCCGAGAACAAAUUCGCUUGGUGAUUGAAUAUGCUCGCUUAAGAGGCAUUAGGGUCAUACCUGAAUUUGACACUCCAGGUCAUACUCAGUCAUGGGGCUUAGGCCAGCCAGGUCUCCUGACACCCUGCUACUCAGGAUCCAAACCCGAUGGCACAUACGGACCCGUGGAUCCGAUACAGGAAACUAAUUACAAGUUUCUUAAAAAGUUCCUGAGUGAAGCAGUGAAAUUGUUUCCUGAAAAAUAUGUUCAUUUAGGUGGUGAUGAGGUCAACUUUGAUUGUUGGGCUACUAAUCCAAAUAUCCUCAGAUUCAUGGAAUCCCUUAACAUAACAGGAAAUUUUAAUAAACUGGAAGAGAUCUAUAUCCAACGACUGGUUGAUAUCGUCUCCAAUUUAAGUGCCAACUCAGUUGUUUGGCAAGAAGUGUUUGACAAUGGAGUCAUGUUGCCAAAAGAUACAGUUGUCCAUAUUUGGACAGGAGACAUGCAAGAGGAACUAGCAAAGGUGACAGCAGAAGGCCAUCCUGCUCUUGUCUCUCAGUGCUGGUAUCUUGAUCACCUUGAAAGUGGUGGUGACUGGCAUAAAUUUUAUGAAUGUGAUCCAAAUAACUUUAAUGGUACUGAGGCUCAGAAGACCCUGGUUAUGGGUGGUGAAGCUUGCAUGUGGAGUGAAUUUGUAGAUGCUUCAAAUCUGUCUCCAAGGGUGUGGCCUAGAGCAGCUGCUGCAGCUGAACGACUGUGGUCUUCUGUAACCGUGGAUUUUGAUGAGGCAGGCAGACGACUGGAAGAGCACGUAUGCCGC